ACCACCUUUUCUUUAAACCCCUUUAAAAACCACAAAGAUUCUAAAAAGCCCUUAAAAAAACUUCCACCUACCAUCUUCAUCUUCUUCAUCACAUCGAUUCGACCCGACCCGACCCAACCCAACCCAAGUUACGGGUUUUCUUUAAAACCGUUAAAAGAUUCAAACUUUCAGAACGGCAUCAUCGUCUUCACGUAUCACGGUUAGUUUCCCAACCUUUCGGGACGAUAGAAAACCAAAAAGAAAGAUGAAAAUAUACCCGAGAACCGGGAUAUUGAUUGGUUUCUUGGCGGUCUUGAUGGAAUUUUGGGGGAAAGUCGAGGCUACAACGGUAACAUGUGAACUUGAAUACGGGUUCUUGCCAUGCACGACGGGUCUUUGGGGGAGAUUGUUCUUGAUCGUGGUGUAUCAAUACUUGAUGUCCAUAGCUCAAAGUUAUAUUUCCGAAGGGUCGGAUAAAUUCUUCGGUCUCGUUGGACCCGGUGUUUUCGGUGCCAGUUUGUUCCAUGUUCUUGGAAACUUCCCCACACUUUUCAUCAUUCUUGAAUCGGGAUUAUCGAGAGACGAGAUGAGUGCAUCUACAAGUGCUGCAAUGGGAAUGAGUAUUUUAGCGGGAUCGGCAGUCAUGAACCUAACGCUCAUUUGGCCCUCUGUCAUAGUUUUUGGAAGCUAUGAUCUUGCGGACGAUGAUGAAGACAACAUCGAUUUAUCACAACUUUUUGGAGAGGAACCAUCAUUUUUCAAGAAAUUAACAGCAUACGGUGUUACAACCGAUACUGAAACGAGUACCACAGCAAGAAUCAUGCUCGUAUCAAUGAUCCCGUUUCUCAUUCUUAUGCUCCCGCAAAUCUUCAAUUCGGAUUCUGUAACCCGAGUGAUAGUUUUAAUCUCCCUCAUCAUUGUGUGUUGUUUCUUCAUUGCUAACAUCGUGUAUCAGAUCUUCCAACCGUGGAUUCAAAACAGAAAAUUCGACUACGUGAGACAAAAAUUUGUCAAGAACAAAUUACUGAAACUGCUCUCGAGAAAUGGAAAGCCAAAUGUGAAGCUUAUUAAAGAGCUUUACAAGGGACUUGACCAAAAUCACGAUGGUAAAGUGUCGAGUGCCGAGUUAAAAACUUUACUCUUGGGAAUACAAGUGCAAGCAGAUGGUGAAGUUAGUGACGGUCUUAUAGAAAACACGAUGAUGCAAUUAGACAUCUCGGGUGAUGAUUCUAUUCAAGAGGACGAGUUUGUUAGAAUUCUAACGAAAUGGCUCCAAGAAGCGAGGGCUUCACUUUCUAAGAACGAUUAUAACCCGCUUAGCUUCUUCAUCAAACCGGCUGCGAGUACAGAUGAAGAACAACAAGAAGCUUUGUUACCUACAAAUAGAACCCCUGUUACUCCACGUUCGGUUUGGGAUUACGUGGAGGCUUUGGCGUACGUGGUCGUUGGGAUUACAAUCUCAGCUCUCAUUGCACGACCGCUCAUAAUGAACGUUGCAAACGUUGCUACCGAUGCACAUGUCCCUUCCUUCUUCAUUCCAUACUUCGUAAUACCGGCUGCCAUAAGCAUACCACGCCUCUUAAAGACGAUCGAUUCAGCAAGUCAAAAGACCAAACGAGCUGCAUCUUUAACGCUAUCUCAGAUCUAUUCAGGAACGUUCACGAGUAAUACGACAAGUUUGUUAACAUUUUUACUCAUUGUGUACAUAAAAGACGUUCCAUGGGACGUCUCAGCUGAAAUUUUGGUCGUUUUUGUAACUUGUGGAGUAAUGGGAGUUUUCACAAGUACAAGGACUGUUUUCCCGCUUUGGACUGGUUAUUUUGGUUACCUGAUGUUCCCGGCGUCGCUACUCAUGUUGUAUCUUCUUACUGUCGUUUGGGGUUGGUCAUAGGCUAGAUCAGUAGCAUAUCUUGUAUUUGAAUUUUGAUUCUAUUUCAUUGUUUUUAAGAUUUUAUC